UUCAUUUUACUAUACUCUUGGAUAGAGUAUGAACCGGUGAUAUACAACGACUAUAAGUACCCCCAGUGGUCGGAGGAUUUGGGUUGGUUGAUAUCAUUCUGUGCAAUAGUCGCUGUUCCAAUAGUGAUGUUGUAUAAAAUUUUCACACAUAAAAAAGGACAAUCAUUUUUACAGACCACAAAGUUAUUAUUAUUGCCAUCACGUGACUGGGGUCCCGCCCUCGUUCAACAUCGGCAAUUAGUGAAACACGUGCCAGGGUUUACAGUUAAUCCUGAGGAUAGAAGUCAACAUACAGAAUUUACAUAUCAAAAUAUGUCAACAUCGGAAUACAGCAACAUUGCUGGAACUACAGAUCAAGAGACAGUUGCAUAGCAACCGUACAAGGCUUGAUAACUUAUUUAUUUAAAUCAAAAUGUGAAUGAAUCUCAUAUAACUAGCCUGUGAUAAUUAAGCUUUUAUGUAAGAAGUAUUUUAACUUUUAACACGUCAUGUAUGCUAACUGUUGUAUGCAUGUAUCAUGAGUGCAUAAUAAUUGUACAAGAAUCUCUUUAGACGUAAUUGAUAUUGUGAAUGUUUUGCCAUCACAGAGACAUCACAUCAUGUAUGCUGUAAAUUGUAUGCAAGUUAUUGAUAAUCGACAAAGAUCACUAACUUUCAUCAUCAACGGGUGUGGUAACAAUAUGGAUUAGUCCAUGUGUCAAUCGGCCCUGCAUUCGUCAGUGAGAGUAGUACUACCAGCGUCUUAGGGUUCAAUGCCGACUGUGCUGAUUAUUCCCAGCAGACACCACAACGAAAUAGCCUCUAAAACAACCAUAUCUUUGACUUCUAGCCUUUACAACAAGUACAGACCCAAGCCGGCAUGCAUGUCCGAGUAGUCUUACUACGUUGACCUGAAGAACUUUGCAUGACUUGUUGUUUUGGGGUUUUUUUUGUUUUCUUUUUAUGCCCCCACAAAGUGGGAGCAUAUAGCGUUGCACUUGUCCGUCCGUCCGUCCGUACGUCCCGAAAUCUUGUGAACGCAACUCCUCUUAAACCGGAUGACAGAUUUUGCUUAAACUUUCAGGGAUGAACAACCUUAAUGUGUAGAUGGCAGUAAAGAAAGGAAUUUUUGCUGCGAUCAAAUUUAACAGAAUUAUGGCCCUUUGUUGAUUUUUUCACUAUAUACUAUGUAGAAAUUUUGUGAACGCAACUCCUCUUAAACCGGAUGGCAGAUUUUGCUUAAACUUUCAGGGAUGAACAAUCUUAAUGUGUAGAUGGAAUUAAAGGAAGGAAUUUAUGCUGC